UCAGCAAGCGGCGAAAAUGGCUUGUUCCGGCAGAAUUUUUCUUGUUAUCGAUCAAGGGGUUUCCGGCGACCAUUAGCGGCGUUUUUAGGCUCAAAAUGAUCAGCAGCUCCGAGGCUUUCUUUUCCGACCAUCGCCACCCCUUGAGGCUGCCGGAAUUGCAAGAUCCGGCGAAGUAAAAAGUUAGAGGCAGCCGGCGUUUUCUAUUUUUCUCGGCGAGCACCGGAGAUGGAUGGAUGAUCGGAGGACAUAUCGGACUUCCCUCAGCUCAAGCUUCGCAAUGGCACCGGUUUCGUGGUGAUCGGACUCCGUUUGCAAAUCGACGGCCGAGAUCAUCCAUAAAUCUCUCUGGAUGAUCGGAGGUCGGAUCGGAAGAUCGUAAGCGGGGAUUGUAAUCAGCGCGUCGUUUCGAGUCCGUUGCUGUGUUCGGAUCAUCGAUCGGACUCCGGCAGCUGGAGGCGAGUCGAUCGAGUGAUCAAGCAUCUCGAUAAUCUGUUAGUUCGGCUCGCUCCACCCGAGGCAUCGGAGCAAAGCUAGGAGGUCAUCAAAGCUGUAAGUUAAAGUCAUAUAUCUGCUUACAUGUGUCAUGUUAAUAUUUUACGUGAUAUCUCUGAUUAAAUGAUUAAUAUUUUGAUUAUUUAGUUAUAUACUGUUUAUAUAUGUUUCAUUUUUCCGCAUUAUGAUUUUAUCGAUUUUGUGUUGACUCGGGAUGGGAUGGCAGUAGAACCCAUUAUUUUGAUGAGUGCACCAGUAUAAAUUCGAGAGUGAUGGAAAAAUGGUAAAUUGGUAAAUUUAAAAAGGUAAGUUUAGGACUUGCCCUGGUCGAGCAUUGCUCUCUGGGCUGAGUAGAGUGAGUGUGCCGAAGUAAAGUUCCCUGGUCGAGCAUUUCUCUUUAGGCAUCGGCUUAUUUGGAAGCCUAAGUGACCAAACUGGAGUUAAGAACCCUAGUCGAGCUUCGCUCUCUGGGCGCCGGUCUUAUUGGAGUAAGAGAGCUGAAAGGCUAAGAGUGUUAGUGAUAAUUAAGUGUCUGAACUGGAUUUAAUCAAUAGUACUUUCUAGUGGGUACAGUGAACAGCUCCCGGCCAUCUGGUAUCAGAGCCUUGGAAAGAGAAGGAGGUAAGUUGCUGGUAAAAGAGGAGUGCCUUUACACAUAAAGUGUUUUUAUAAGAUAACCAGAGUGUUAAUGAUUAAAGUCUUUAGUAUCCUUUAUUGUUCAUCAUCCUCUUACCAGUACAAUCAAGAGUAUGCUCAGUGCUUGCCUCUUUAGAGGAUCCUGCACAUCAGAAAUUGCUAAAGUACUUCUGAUCUGAAAGUUUAUAGGCUGGAAAACGGAACUUGCAAGAGCUUUGCUCCCACUGGCUUAGAAAGCGCGGUUUCGGUUACAACGCCACGAACUAAGGAUCUUUUAUCCUUACCACCAUGGAAACCAGUACUAGCCCUAUAGUUCAAACCUCUUCCCUUACUCUACCUACUUCCUGUAAACAAUAUAUUACAGAAAAGAUAGAUAACCUGGUAGAGAUAUCCCAUAUACCUGAAACAGCCCAGAUCCAAAAUUCCCUUGUACCUAUACUUAACCCUUACUCAGUCUUCCGCCGUAAUCAGUCUUUCUCCCGACAGUUAAGACAUAUAAUUUCUAGACCUUCUAUCGCAGUAAAAGAGUAUGUACAGUCAUCCGCUCUUUCUCAAUGUAUUCUGUCCUCAGUAACUACUGAACAGUAUGUAACCCUAGAAAUCCCUCCACACUUCAUACAACAGUGGAGACAACAGAAGUAUACACAUCUUCAUUUUGGAGCCAUUAGACUUGUGUUUUCCUACCAUGGAAGACAAGGACUUCCAAUCACUGCUAGACUCUCUUUGCUAGAUACUCGUUAUCUAAAUUAUGAACAUGCGGUGAUCGGCUCUAUAGCUACAACUUUGAACGCAGGGAGUGUCGUGCUUACAUUCUUCCCCAAUUUCAACAGGUCUUUGGAGGAUUCUCAUUUUAGUCAGGCCUUAAAAGUUCAAGUUCAGAUUACAGGCGCUGACCAAGUCGCUGACACUAUUUCAGCCACCCUCCAUCAUCAGAUGGUGUACAGGCUACAAGACCAUGCUAUAAAUCUGCAGACUCCUGGUCUCUCCAGCGGAGAUGCAGUCUUUAUCUUUGCUGACAGUGGUCUUACUCCAACCAUAGUUCAGACUCCCAGGCAACUGCCUCGUGAGGAGUUAGAAAAAUUGAUUCCCUCAGUAUGGAUCACGAACUAUGAGAAGCUUCACCAGAGCUCACAGCUUGUCCAGAAACAAGAUCCCAUCUUCAUCAAGCAACUUGACAAAACUGUCAAAGUCUCUUAUCUGUCCUCCACGGCCUUGUCCUCUUCAACACCUCAUACUAUCUCUAUGAUCCAACCAGUAAAGAGAUAUUAUGAGAAGAAGAUUCCCAUUCACAGCUUCAGUUCAAAUGGAUGGGAAGUCUAUGAAAGCAAAAUCAAUGGUCAUUUUAUUUGGGAUGUUGAUCCCUCUAUGUGCGAUGCCGGAUGCCUUUGUCAAGAUGAUCUGGAUGACCAAGAGAUCAUAUCAAAGGGAACUAAGACUUGGAAAAGAAAACAUGCAUGUACUAGUUCUCAUCGACAUGAUGACAAAGAUGAUGACCAACCUGAUUCAGUUCAAAUUUCUGUUCAAACCAGGAAAGACAGACCUUGGAUUGGUCUUCCACCAGAAAAGAACAAACCUAUGUCCAAUGAUGAUUAUCUGAGGAGAUGUUUUGAAAUACUAAAAGAAGAAGGACUUAUGUCCUGUCCUCCUCCUUCAGUUGUUUAUUCUUGUUCUUUUGAGCCAGUUAAGAUUCCAAAGCCAGUUGCAGUGCCUUGCUUUAUGGUUAAUCCUGAGGAGUUCCCUCCUCUGGAAAGAAAAGAAAAUGAGCAGUCCAAAGCUCCUACACGACCUUUCAUUAUGAAAGAUACAAUACAACCUGCAGGCAGUUUGGCCCCUCUCUCAGCUGCAGAAGAAGUUUUAAACUGGCAGACUAACAAUGCCGUUGCCCAGAAUCGAUAUCUGAAGAAGAUUGACAACAGACUCUCUGAGGUCUAUGAAAGGACAAGCUCCAUUGAAACCCAUGUCACUUCUUUCAGACAAGAAGCUUCACAAAUGCAUACAAAGCUUUCGUUCAGGUUAUCUAAGCUUGAACAAGAAAUGGAACAGAUUCUGGCAACUCAGCCUACAUCGCCUUUAUUCUUACAAAAGGACAGAGAAAUCCUGAGGCUGAAGGAACAGAUCAGUGAAAUUGAAAGAGAUCUGUAUCCCAAUUAACAACCUGUCUCUUCUCCGCUCAACUUUCCUAUUGCUACACCUCAUCCUUUCAUGUCAAAGGUUAUGCCUGUCAAGCAAUAUGCCACAGUCUCAGAUUUGGUGCCUCGGGCAUCCAAACCGGUGUCUAAACCUGCAAAAAGGACAUCUUCCACAUCCUCUAAAAAUCCAUCCUUUUCUUCUAUCUCAAAGGAUAAAGGACCUGCCAAACCUCAGUUGGCAAUACAGCAUACAAACUCUGCCUCGACGGAGUUGACUCCUUCCUCAUCAGAGUCGUAUGUUUCUGAUUCAGACCUAUCUCAGUUUGAGCUACAAUGCUCUAGUUCUUACUCUUCUGGUCAAGAGACUGGUACCUCGGUAUCUACAGCUGAAUCUCAGACACAAAGUCCUCAUGUAUUGAUGAAUACACAGCAAGAGCCGAAAAUCACGGAAGAAACUGAAGAAUUGGAAUCUCUUGCUCCAGAACAUUCUCUCCCACCAAGACCAGGUUCUGGUCCCUGGUUCUCUUUGGAUACUGUGCCUCUAUCACAAUGGCGAAACAAGAUCUUGGAAUUCAAUGCUUGGCUUGAUUUGCAAAUGAUAAACCCUCAGGCCAAUCUCCAAGCUGUCUUGACUGAAUUCACGUCGAGAUUCACUGGCACAUUAAGGGAAUGGUUCUCUCACUUGUUUGAAUAUCAACAGCUCCAAUUUGUUCAAAUUGGUACUGUUGCUCAAGCUCUAGCCCAGAUUCAUCAACAAUUUCUGGGAGAUUACAAUAUGAUUUUCAGGCAAAGGAAACAAGAAUACUUUGACAGAAAGUGCUGUUCUAUGAAAAGAAAAGACCUUGAAGUUCAUUAUGUUCAUAUGUCAAAACUUUACUAUGAGCUUGCUGGUCCAAACAGUGAUGAUCUUAAGUACAUAUUCGUCAGUUCUCUGCCUGAAGAAAUGCAGCCAGAAAUUCAGAGAAUGAUGACAGAAACACAUAGAGACAUCACUCAUAUAUCUCUUGGAGAAAUUUGGCAGUUUACCAUGGCUACCCUUGAUAAAAUGUGUGAGCAGUAAAAAUUAUUCAAAAAGAUUGC